AUGCGGCUGAAAUCUAUCGCCUCUACGAGGCUCUUUGCCUUGCAGCUCACCAUCACAACUCUGGUCCUCGCCCUUCAGAUACCACCUCAGCACGGCCCUACUGCGACUCCGCAAGCAACCACACCCAAGAGCAUAUCAGUAUCUCUCUUUGCAACACUAGAGCGCCUCUCUCGCCUUGUCGACAUUUCCUAUUGCAUCGGCACAACUGGCGUCAGGAAGCCCUUUGAGUGCGUGUCCCGCUGCAGCGACUUCCCAAGUUUGUCCCUCAUCACCACAUGGAACACUGGCCCCCUUCUCGGCGACAGCUGCGGCUACAUAGCUGUCGACCAUGGUGUGCGGCAGCGAGAGGAUAGCGAUGCCUACACUGCAGGCCAGCCCGCUAUCGUGGUAGCUUUCCGGGGCACUUACAGCAUCGCAAACACCAUAGUCGACUUGAGCACUGUGCCACAAGAGUACGUGCCAUAUCCGUUUCCCGGCGACGGUGACGAAGAGCCCGAGAAGCCAGAACACAAAUGUACCAACUGCACUGUACACAUGGGCUUCCUCGACUCUUGGAAGAACGCCAGACGUCUUGUCCUCCCGCAGCUCCGGCAGUUGAAAACUCAGUAUCCAUCAUACCCGAUUCAACUUGUGGGGCAUAGCCUUGGAGGCGCCGUUGCCUGUCUUGCGGCGUUAGAGCUCAAGGUGUCCCUGGGCUGGGACGAUGUAAUCGCUACAACGUUUGGCGAACCUCGAGUUGGGAAUGACGGGCUCGCUCGUUUCGUAGACGAGGUCUUCCAGCUAUACGGCCGCGAGAAUCUUGAAGAACGCGACUAUAGACGGGUAACUCACAAGGAAGACCCCGUCCCUCUACUCCCCCUGGGCGAAUGGGGCUACAAGUCACACGCGGGCGAGAUAUACAUCGCCAAACAGCAACUCUCUCCUUCCGAGGCCGACAUUUACCUCUGCGUCGGGGACAACGAUCCAGCAUGUAUUGCCGGGGCAGACGAUUCUGUCUGGUCGGCUUUGCGCCGCCUGCUCCACGCCAGAAGCGUCCCGGCGAAUUCGGAAAAGUCGGUGCAGGCGGAUGGCUUCCCCUCGAGAUUCAAGCUGUGGCAGCUCCUCUUUGCCCACCGGGACUAUUUCUGGAGACUGGGGCUUUGCGCGCCGGGAGGCGAUCCUGCCGACUGGGGUAGAGGACCGUACCAAGGCCCAGAUACGGAGGAGCUCUAG